AUGGCAGCCACGGCGGUCGACUCUGAAAUCACUAAAAGUGAUAAAUAUUCCAUAUUAUUGCCGACUUACAACGAAAGGGAGAAUUUGCCUAUUAUAAUAUGGCUUAUUAUGAAGUAUUUAGACAACAGUGGUUACGAUUAUGAAGUGAUAGUUAUUGAUGAUGGAAGUCCCGACGGUACCCUCGAAGUAGCAAAACAAUUACAAAAAUUGUAUGGUUCAACUAAAAUAGUUUUGAGACCAAGAGAAAAAAAACUUGGAUUAGGUACAGCUUAUAUACAUGGAAUAAGUCAUGCCACCGGAAACUUUAUCAUUAUUAUGGAUGCUGAUUUAAGUCAUCAUCCAAAAUUCAUACCAAAGUUCAUAGAGCUGCAAAGAAAACAUGACUUUGACUUAAUUUCUGGUACCAGAUAUAAAAGAGGUGGUGGCGUCCAUGGAUGGGACUUCAGACGUAAACUGAUAUCAAGGGGUGCAAAUUUCAUUACACAGUUGCUGCUAAGGCCUGGUGCGUCAGACUUAACAGGUUCAUUCAGGUUGUAUAAGAAAGAUGUAUUGCUGAAGUUGAUAGACAGUUGUGUAUCUAAAGGAUAUGUGUUUCAAAUGGAAAUGAUCAUAAGAGCGAGACAGCUAGACUACUCUAUUGGUGAGGUGCCAAUCACAUUUGUGGAUCGGGUUUAUGGAGAAUCCAAGUUAGGUGGCUCAGAAAUAGUCCAGUUCGCGAAGGCUUUGCUAUAUCUUUUUGCGACUACA